CUCACACUUUCAUCACAUCUGCGAUUUUCUCACAAAAAUAAAAAAUAAAAAAACGCUCACACUUUUAUUGCUCUCUAACGCUUUUGCUUGCUUUCACACUCUCACAAAACAAUGCCUCGCCGAAGCUCUGGUGGUCGUGGAAGGUCAAGUUCCCGAAGUUCCCGCCGUGCAGCCCGUGCCACGGCAAGUAGUACUCCUAAGCCAGCGGCUGCUCCUCCUCCUCCUCAUACAGUGCCUGCACAAGGUCAAAGUGGGUCUGAAAAGGGAUCACUUGGUGCCACUUUUGCAAGUGGCUUGGUCUGGGGUACUGGUGCUUCUAUUGCUUACAGUGCUGUAAAUGCUCUGAUGGGUCCUCGUGUCGAUAAGCAGAAGACUGUUUGUGCUAAUCAAUCCAAGGCCUUUAUUGAUUGCCUGGAAGCUUACGGAAGCGACAUAAGCAAGUGUCAGGGCUUCAUGGACGUGCUGCGCCAUUGCCGCCAAACUCAGGCACCUUGAGUGCUUGAACUUGAUCAUGAUGAAAUCUCCCUUUAAAUCACUGAAGAAUGCUAGUAGUGUCAGGUUAUUUUGUGUGUUACAGUUAAGAGGAUGGACCUGAAUAUUCUCUGGUGGAACUUUAUCAUGUUCUGAAGAAUAACUACCUAGAAACUCUUUUGAGUCUAUUUAGUAGACUUUGCUUAUGUGGUAUUUCGCCUGAAUUUUAUGAAUCCUGUCCAGCAUAACAUUUUUAAGGGACCUACUUGAUGUUGAGCUGAAAAUCAAAACUAGGAACUUGUUUACAGGAGGAAACAAGAGAGUAGUGAAUGUUUUUAAUAAAUUUACACAACUUGAUGAAAA